AUGGUCAAUUUCGCCGAACUCGUCUCUCGCUGCGAUAACAUCGAACAGAAUAUCGAAAGCGUCGAGCAAGCAAUCGAGGAUCUCCAGCAUUUGUGCGACGGAAUGAACUUGGUGUAAGUGUGAACAUAUCCCGAAUUACAAAAUGCGUCUUUUCCAGCAUGGCAGUUGUUUCAUCUUCGUCUUCGUCGUCGGGAAUUUCAUCAGGCGUCCAGUCUCGUGCUAAUUCGCCCGACAACGAAGCGCCGCCUCCCGAGGAUGAGCAUGCGGAGCCGAAUGCGGAGCCGAAUGCGGAGCUGAAUGUGGAGCCGAAUGCGGAGCCGAAUGCGGAGCUGAAUGUGGAGCCGAAUGCGGAGCCGGAUGCGGAGCCGAAUGCGGAGCCGAAUGCGGAGCCGAAUGCGGAGCCGAAUGCGGAGCCGAAUGCGGAGCCGAAUGCGGAGCCGAAUGCGGAAAGCGACACCAGUGUCUCUAAUCUGGAAAACGAAGUGUCACCGAACGAAUCGAUUGCCGAGCAGAAUAGCCCGGUGGAGAAUGAGGUUCUCGGCGAAGAGACCGACGACGAGACGACAGACGAUAGCUCGCACGAAAUCGAUGUCGUUCAGGACAGAGAGCAGCAGUCGGAUAGCAGAGAAAGGCUCGGAGACGUGACUGCGGAAACGUCAUCCGGAAGGCCAGACCAAUCGAAGAGGCCAUCUGGAGAAGAGGGAAGUGGCGAGACGCAGACUCCGUCCACCGAAGAUGCACAAGGAAGCGAAGGAGGCUCCGAGGAGCAACAAAUAGAGGCGGACGCGAGCACGAGCCAGAAUCCACGAUCUUUAGAAGCGGCCUCGGUCAACGUCUCUUCGCAGCCUGGAUUUUUUACCGUUGUCGAUGAAAUGCUGUCCGACGCCGAGCCAGACGCGCAACCUGUACCGGUUUGUGGACUAAAUUCUAGACGAGAAAAAAAAUGUUAUUUUUCAGGAAGAGGAAGAAUGCUUAACGGAAGAAGAUUAUGCUCGAAUGGCAGAGAUGGCCGAAAUCCUUGCCAAUCUCGACAUUCAACUGCAUCCCAUACUGUAG